UUUCUUAUCUCUGUUUCCUACUGAGUCAACUGUUCGAUUUGUGAUUUGUAACUUCUGCUUAAUUUCCUAUAGCUUUAAAUUAUAAUCAUUAAGUGUCCGUUUUGGCGUAGGCCUGUAGCCAGCACAUUUUAAGGCAGAUUACUUGUGGCUGUUUUAAAUACAAUGCUUAAGUAGAGACUAAUCUCUGCUUCAACAGUGUUUAUUGUAAUCAUGAUCGCUACCUCUGCCAUAAUUAUUGUAUUUAUGGUUUGGGCCUCAUUUCCAACAUCAGAAUCUUCAAGUCCUCUUCGCAUACCGCUUGGGAGAAAAUUGUUGAUACCCUGCAUAAGUAAUGAAAGUCAUCCAGAAUCUUUUAGCUGGUUUUACAGUACAAACAAUGUUGGUCGGCGCCGCACCCAGAUUUUUCAUGAGGAUAAAAGUGGCCUACAUCUCCUUUCCAAAGAUUUUUGGCAUAGAAAGAGUGUUUUAAGGAAUCGUUCACUUGUAAUCAGCCCUUUUACAGAGGAGGAUCAAGGAAUAUACUUAUGUGGAUUGUAUAAAAAUGACAAGAUCACAUAUGGAUUGUCCACUUCAGUUGUUCUUGAAAAAGGAUCUCACAUGCCAAUAAUAACCACUGUGUCAAGCAGUGGUUUUAUGCAUGAAGUAACUAAGAAUGUGAUUACCAGCACAUAUUACGCACUUGACUCCGCUCUGAACAACACCACCAACAAAAGCAUAGACAAUGGGCCUACUCCCCCAGAUAACCGAGAACCUCAAUGGCUGGCAUCAACAGUAGCUGGAGUCUCUGCAGCUGUGUGCCUUUUCCUUGUUGCACUGGCACUGUUUAAAUUAUGCCAUUUCAAAUGGAGAAUACUCGCAGCUUCUGCCAAUCAACUUCUCUGUGGUGGCCAGGGGACCAGCUUUGAGGAAGAAACUACACUUGUUUAUUCAUCCUUGGUUAUCAGGAGAGUCCAACAGAGAGAUGACAUCAGAAAUGACAAUGAGUGUGUGUACAGUCAUAUCAGGGUCUAGGAACUAAGAAUGACACUACUUUGAUGAGAGGCGUAAUAAAUAGUUUAAAUCAAGUGUUUCCAUUGUGCUCAGGCACACAAAAUGCCAAAAAGGCAUACUGUUGUUGAUGGGAAUGAUUUUUAUGCUUUGAAUUGGUUUGUUUUAUAUUCUAUGUCAAAAAGUAAUAUAAUUACAUUUUGGCAUGACCUUUUGUUUGCAUUAAAUUGGUAUUGCACUGUGUCACGCACUUCUGUACUUUUAACCUUUAAACUAAUAUUUAAAAAAAAUAAAAGGAAGAAAGCCUGCUUUAUAUAUCAAAAAGCAUAACGCCUGUGUAUUCAGAUGUCUAUACAUUUUAUUUGUGACAUACUUGUAAACAAGUUGCUGAAAUGUAACAUUUUGAACUCAUCGAUCCGCUGAGUUGCUUUCAGAACGUUUUCAGAUGCUUUCGGAACGUUUCCGUUCUUGAAUGCCCCUUGCUGCAUAUCGUUGCACAAUGCGCAAACGUGGAUCUGGGUGAGAAGUAUGAUAGCGAGCUAGCUAUUCCUCCCCCAUCACACGGGCUCAACUCUAGCCAAUCUGUCACUGUGAACGUUGAAAACGUUUAUUUGUACCUGCCUAGCAACCUAGCUAGCUUGUUUCAAUGUAACUAUGAGCUAACGUUAGCUAGGUUGCAAGUUAGCUUGAAUUGCUGCAGUGGCAGUUUGCGAAGGAAGAAGCAGGUACUCGGCAGUCCAAGCCGCCAAACAUAAGUUACCUGUCUGACACUGACGAGUGAUGGAGGCCCCACCAGUCUCAGUGCUGCCCAUCACCGGGGGCACAAUUAACAUGAUGGAGUACCUGCUGCAAGGCAGCGUCUUGGACCAGGCCCUCGAAAGCCUAUUGCACCGCCUCCGGGGCCUUUGUGACAACAUGGAACCCGAGACAUUUGCCGACCAUGAGCUGGUCUACCUCCUGAAGGGCCAGCAGGGCAACCCGUUCCUGUUGCGAGCCCGCCGCUCCCUCUCCCACCCCACAAUGCCCUGGCACCUGCGCUACCUGGGCCAGCCGGAGGUGGGUGACAAGUCCCGCCACGCGCUGGUUCGCAACUGUGUGGAUGUGGCCGCCUCGCACAGCCUGCCCGACUUCCUCAAUGAAAUGGGCUUCCGCAUGGACCACGAGUUCAUAGCCAAGGGCCACAUUUUCCGCAAAGGUGUGCUCAAAGUGGUAGUGAGUAAACUGUCUCGCAUCCUGGUCCCCGGGAAUACAGAGAACACUGAGCCGCUGUCACUCUCCUACCUGGUGGAGCUCAGUGUAUUGGCCCCUGCGGGCCAGGAUACCAUGUCAGAGGACAUGCGCAGCUUCGCUGAGCAGCUCAAGCCCCUGGUUCACCUGGAGAAGAUUGACCCCAAGAGACACAUGUAAGAAGGAGUGUUUUAUGAUGAGCCUCUGUUGGCUGUCAUGGACAAAGUGUGGAUUUUAUUAAAACAUUUUUUUUUUACAUGGGACUUAUUUUUGGAUGAUUCCUAUGAGAAAGCGCUUUCCCACAGUCCUUUGUCUCUGUAAAUGAACUCUCGAUCUCCAUCUGUCAUUUGGAUGUUAGUGGUGUUUGACAAGGACUUCACAGGAGGUUUAUGACAUGUGACAAAUGAGGCUUUGAAUGAGUCAAUAAAUAACAAUGUUUCUAUUCACAGUGCCGAACUCUUAGAACAUACGUUUUGUGUAGUGCUUUGUUCUGUCUUUGAGAUGUUUUAAGAAAUGCACAGCGCUAUAGUGUUUAUAAAAAAAAUAUUUUUCUCAACUCAA